CAGUGAGAUUCAUACGAGUAAACAUGGCGAGUUUAGCAGAUGUCGGCUGGAAACUCCUGGAAUUCAAAUCCCGAUCAAAAAGAUCAGAUUUGUGAUUUAGCUGAGAGAGACGAUUGGCCUUAAUUUCACCUUUUGAGAAUGUCCGGCUCAGUGGGUGCAACUGUCCGGGCUCAUCGGAAAGUUCAAAGACUUGGAUCCAUAUAUGAGCCUCUUAAGCUGUCCAGUCUCAAGCAUGAGGGUGAACCCCUAUGGGAAAAGUUGGACCGCUACUACAAUGCUGUCAAGACAACCAUUCUGAACUACCAGAGUCCCACCACAGGGCUUUUUCCAGUCAAGACAUGCUCCGACUGCAAGGAGGCCAAGGUCCGGGACUCCCUGUACUGUGCUGCUGGUGCCUGGGCCCUGGCCUUAGCCUACCGACGCAUCGAUGAUGAUAUGGGGCGGACCCAUGAACUGGAGCAUUCAGCUAUCAAGUGCAUGAGAGGGAUCCUCUACUGCUACAUGAGACAGGCUGAUAAGGUGGAGCAGUUUAAACAGGAUCCCAGCCCCUCCAAGUGUCUGCACUCGUUGUUCAACGUGGACACUGGUGACGAGGUCUACACCUACGGUGACUACCACCACCUGCAGAUCGAUGCUGUUUCUCUGUUUCUGCUGUACCUGGUGGAGAUGAUCUGCUCUGGUCUGCAGAUCAUUUACAACACUGAUGAGGUUUCCUUCAUCCAGAACCUGGUGUUCUGUGUGGAGAGAGCCUACAGGGUGCCUGACUUCGGCAUGUGGGAGAGAGGCAGCAAAUACAACAACGGCAGCACUGAGCUGCAUUCCAGCUCUGUGGGCCUGGCUAAAGCUGCUCUGGAGGCCAUCAAUGGAUUCAACCUGUUUGGAAACCAGGGCUGUUCAUGGUCAGUGAUAUUUGUGGAUCUGGACGCCCACAACAGAAACAGGCAAACCCUCUGCUCCCUACUGCCCCGAGAGUCUCGCUCCCAUAACACAGAUGCCGCCUUGCUUCCAACCAUCAGCUAUCCAGCGUUUGCGGUGGACGAUGACGCCCUCUACACUCAGACACUGGACAAGAUUGUCCGCAAGCUGCGGGGCAAAUACGGCUUCAAGCGUUUCCUCCGUGAUGGCUACCGCACCCCAAAUGAAGACAAGAAUCGCCGCUACUACAAACCUGCUGAAAUGAAGCUUUUUGAUGGGAUCGAGUGCGAGUUUCCCAUAUUUUUCAUCUACAUGAUGAUUGACGGCGUAUUCAGAGGAAAUAAGGCUCAGGUCAAAGAAUACCGGGAUCUUCUUGAACCCAUCAUCUUCCAGUCUUUUGAGGGCCACGCCGUGAUCCCCAAAUACUACCACGUACCGGCUGACUUUGUGGAGGCGGAGCAGAGCAAGCAUGGAAGCCAGAAGCGUUUCCCUAGCAACUCUGGCCGUGAUGGAAAGGUCUUCCUGUGGGGUCAGGCCCUUUUCAACAUCGCCAUGCUUCUGGUGGAUGAGCUGAUCAGCCCUAAAGAUAUUGAUCCCAUCCACCGCUAUGUGCCUCACCAGGACCAGCGCAACGUCAGCAUGCGAUACUCCAAUCAGGGCCCCAUAGAGAAUGAUGUUGUGGUUCACGUGUCCCUGAUAGCUGAGAGCCAGAGACUCCAGGUGUUUCUGAACACCUACGGCAUUCAGACCCAGACGCCCCAACAGGUGGAGCCCAUCCAGAUCUGGCCUCAGAAGGAACUGGUCAAGGCGUACCGUUUCCUGGCCAUCAAUAAGAAGCUGGGGUUGAGUGGGCGUCCAGAUAGGCCAGUGGGCUGCGUCGGGACCUGCAAGAUUUAUCGUAUCCUGGGCAAGACGGUGGUGUGCUACCCAAUAGUAUUUGAUCUAAGUGACUUUUACUUGUCCCAAGAUGUAAUGCUGCUGAUUGAUGACAUUAAGAAUGCCCUGCAGUUCAUCAAACAGUGCUGGAAGAUGCCGGGACGUCCUCUCUUCCUGGUUCUCAUCCGCGAGGAUAACAUCAAAGGAAGCCGCUUCAACCCAGUCUUGGACAUGCUUGCAUCGUUCAAGAAAGGCAACAUCGGAGAGGUCAAAGUUCAUGUGGACAGACUUCAGACCCUGAUAUCUGGAGCAGUGGUGGAGCAGUUGGACUUCCUGCGUGUCAAUGAAGCAGAGAUCCCAGAGUUUAAGAGCUUUGAGGAGCUGGAGCUGCCUAAGCACUCCAAGGUGAAGAGACAGAUGAGUACGCCCAACGCCUCAAACCUGGAGCAGCAGCCAGAGAUCAAUGAUGAGGAAUGGAUGGGAAAACCCACUCAAGAGAUCAUCCAGAAGUUCCAUGACUGUGGCUGCUUGGCAAGUCAGGCUCAGCUCGCAUGUAUCCUUCUUAGGAGAGAAGGACCAGACUUUAUUGCCAAAGAUGAGAACUUGACUGAUGAGCUGGAGAGAAUCUACAGAAUGGCUGGCAGCAGAAAGCUUUGGUCUGUUGUCCGUCUUGCCGCCAGUCUCUUAACUAAGCUAGUGGACAGCCUUGCCCCAAGUAUUACUAGUGUUUUAGUGCAUGGCAAGCAGGUGACCCUGGGUCUAUUUGGUCAUGAAGAGGAGGUGAUCUCCAACCCGCUGUCGCCAGGGGUGAUCCAAGACAUCAUCUACAGAAAGUGCUCCCUUCACGGUGGGGAGCGAGAGGCUGUUCUUCAGCAGGAGCUGGUCAUCCAUAUCGGAUGGAUUAUAUCCAACAACCCUGAGCUGUUCAGCGGCAUGCUCAAGAUCAGAGUCGGAUGGAUUGUCCAGGCCAUGAAACACGAGCUUAAGAUCCGGGCAGGAGACAUGCCAUCCCAGGACAUCUACCAAAUCUCCCCUAGUGACAUCAAGCAGCUCCUCCUGGACGUCCUGCAGCCGCAGCACACUGGCAGGCCUUGGCUGAACAGGCGUCAGAUCGAUGGCUCUCUGAACAGGACCCCUCUGGGCUUUUAUGAUCGUGUUUGGCAGAUCCUGGAGAGGACCCCCAAUGGUAUUCUGGUGGCUGGGACUUACCUUCCACAGCAACCUACACUGUCUGACAUGACCAUGUAUGAGAUGAACUUCUCCCUGCUGGUGGAGGACACGCUGCAGAGCAUUGUCCUGCCUGAGUACAGACAAAUCAUAGUGGAGUUGCUGAUGGUGGUGUCCGUAAUGCUGGAGAGAAACCCGGAGCUAGAGUUCAGCGAAAAGGUGGAUCUGGACAGUCUGGUCAAGGCAGCUUUCAAUGAUUUCCAGAGGGAUCGCAGUCACUUUGAAGGCAUAGAGAAACAGGAUGACAUGCAGGCAUUUUACAACACACCACCAGUGGGACAGAGAAGCACCUCCAGCUACCUGACCAAGGCUGUUAUGAUCCAGUUGCUGCAGGGAAAUGUGAAGGUCUGCAAGGAUGACCCGUGCUCUGUUAGCUAGAUUCACAACACUUUGACCCCUAAUCCCAACCCACUGCAGUGUAGUCAUCAAAUGGCCCGGCAAGGACUAUUAACUUUCCAUCACAUGCAUUCAGGAGAUAACCUCUAACCUCUCCAGUUUUCCUUCAGCACCACUCUGCUUACGCCUACAAGCUACAGUACAUUUUCACUGUGACUUUUGCUUCGGCAACUGCAGAGACUGUUGCAGAAGUUGCAAUUUCAUGUCCUUUUGAAUGCGGUAGAUUGGAAUGUCUGCAGUUUGUUGCAAGGGUCAAUAUACUGUGCAUCCACCAGUCACAUUUAACUCAGUAGCACCUAGAACCUUGCUUCUCUACACAUCUUUUUUGUUGCCAGAGUUCAGUCUCCCAGCUGUGUUGUGUAUUCAAAAGGUUUUAAUACUGUGAUUAUUACCACUGAUAAUCAGGCAGGUCAAAAUUCCACUUAGCUAAGUAACUACUGUUACACUACAUCUUCUCACAUUUUUCUUACCACCAUCAAAAUGAAGACUAAGUGAAGAAAAAAAUUACAAAAAUUGUGAUCAAGAUUGACACCACUUGCUUAUCUGUAUGCUAAAUAUGAAGCUACAGCCAGCAGCCAGUUAGCAUUGCUUAGCAGAGACUGAAAAGGGGGGGAAAUAUCUAGCGUGGCUGCCCAAAGGUAACAAAAUCCAACUACCAGCACCUCUGAAGCUCACUAAUUAAUAAGUUAACAUUCACAAGUCUCCACCUGGCAACACGACCUCUGUAAAAAUACAACUUGUGUUUACACUUUAGUUUUUAUGUGGAUUAAACAUAGAAGAUGUAAUAUGUUAAUUACUGAACUUUAGAGGUGCUGGUGCAUAGAUUUUCUCAACUUUGGACAGAGCCAGGCUAGCUGUUUCCCCGUUUCUAGCAUUUCAUGCUAAGCAAAGCUAACUGGUGGCUAGCUUCAUAUUUAGCCUACUGUACAGACAUUUGAGUGUUAUAUAUCUUCUCAUCUCAACUCCAUAAGAAAGUGAAUAAGCAUACUGCUAAAUUCCCCAAAUUUUCCAAACUAUCUCUUUAAUUUUUAUUCUUGCUUACAAAUCAAAUUUAGAUGUUAUUUACCAUGACUAUCAGAUAUUUUGAAAUAAUGCCACUUCGACCCCAACUCUGACAAAUGAAGCAUGCUCAGAUGUAACUGUACAAGCUGUAUGUUAUACUUCACCAGCAAUAACCUAGCUGUUACAUAGCAAUUUCAUGAGAAGAAAAUUAUUCAGUACAGGGUUAUAUCAUGAUAGAUGUGGUUCUCAAAUUGAUGCAUUUGGUUCCCAGGAGCCUUAUCCCCAGAUAUUGAGAAAAUAAUUCUGCCAAUAUUUUAAUCCACUUAUAUAAAAUAAUGAAUCUCUGAGCAUUAGAGGGUUUGAAAGCCACUGCACAUGAUAUAAUAUCUGGAUUUUUGUAGUGAAGUAAACAGUAUUAUUAUGUUUAAAAUGCAUACAUGUUAGAGUUAGAUGUUUGAAGUACUGUGUUGAGCUUUUCCUAUGUGUCCUCUCUCCUCUAUGCAUGCACAGUCUGUAGCAUGACAAUAGGUACUGUUGGCCAUCCUGCCGGUUUUUCUGAAUGUUAAAGGCUAUGAAAUAGAGUUUAUGAGAGGCCUGUUUUGCACAAUAGGGCUCUGCAUGA